GAAAAACUGUUGUGCUAUAAAGUGAGAGCUUCGAGUCAAUCCGGAUUUGAGAUUCAGAAAUGUUCUGAAUUAUUGACAGUAUUAAACUCUGUUAUAUAAUAGCGAAAACGAUAUUUAUACAGUCGCAGAUUUGUAUACUACGAAUUAAUAGCGUACAGCUGUAGGCUUAAAUAUGUACGGUAUAACAUAUAGGUGGAUCAUUAUCCAAAUGAUUAUUUAUACAGUCUGCUUGUACCGUCUGACGGAAUCAUCAGAUUCAUGUCUAGCUCUUGGGGUUGAAGAUGGAACGAUUUCCUCAGACCAACUGAGAGCAUCCAGCCAAUACAGUCAGUAUUAUGGAGCUGAACGAGGACGGCUCAACACAGUACUAGAAGGGGGAAUUGGCAUUGGAGCCUGGGCAGCAAAAUAUCAAGACCAAAAUCAGUGGAUUGAAGCCGAUCUCGGUGCUAUAAAAGGAGUAAUUGGAGUAAUAACACAAGGGCGCAGUGAUGGCGAUCAAUGGGUAAAAUCAUACGAAGUCUAUUACAGUACCAAUGGUACCAACUUCACAGCAGUAUUGGGAUCGAAUGGUCAAGUUGAGACUUUUAGUGCAAACUCUGAUCGAAACACCGAGGUGACAAAACUAUUCAAUUCUGUUGUCUAUGCUCAAUUCAUCCGUAUCCAUCCUACCGAUUGGUUUGGCCAUAUCAGUUUAAGAUUUGAACUUCUUGGCGCAGUUCCACUGGAUAUGACACUUUUCUCUGCAAUACCACUAAUAUCGUCGAACAGUGGAAACGAAUUUCGUGGAUACGCUAUCAACAAAUGCAAAACAAUGGAUCUGACAAUUGGGAUAUUAUACAAGAAUGUGGAUGGCAAAAAUAAUGUAACGUGGGCUGAUAGAAGCUCUUCUGGCGAUAUGCCAGAUAAUAAAAUAUUUAACACUCAAAGCAAUAUUGCAUACAGCACACAUGAUAAAUUUGUGUAUCUCGGUGUUAAAAAUUUACCAUACUCUGAGAGUGACGGUGUGUUUUCGUUUGAAGCAACAAAAUCUGCAAUGGUUUCCAGGUCCGCAAUUGUUGUGACGUCAUCAUUUGCUGCCAUUAAAAUGCAGUUUCGAACGCUAACUGUCGGCAUUGGGGAAUCAGCCACUAUCAACCUCAGUGAAGACGGCAUUUAUAACGAUUUGCGCUGGAGACAUAAUUAUGGUGAUGUAAUUCAAAUGUGGAACGGUAAAUCGUCUGUUACGAUUGAAAAUAUACGCGCUAAAGAUGACGGGGUGUAUGAAUGUUAUAGGAGUGGUAGUCCUGAUGACAACCGUGGAGUAAUGAGACUCAUUGUCAGAGAUUGCCCGCUGCCAAAAUGGAGUCCCCCUCAAUGCGAGAUGGAUUGUCAAGUGUGUUAUAAUGGCGGAGUUUGUGAUGACAAGACCGGUGUUUGUAUUUGCCCCGCUGGCUUCAAAGGAGAAUACUGCCAAACAUCUUGUGGAAGCAACAACUGGGGUCGUAAUUGUGAUGUUGUUUGUUCGACUGGAAAAGAUGAAGCUUGUAAAGGAAAGCUUUUUUGUCCACCUGAUCCAUUCGGAUGCACCUGCAUCGACGGAUACGGAGGCAACGAUUGCAAUACAGCAUGUGCUAACAGUCACUAUGGAGCAGAUUGCCGUCAAGUAUGUCAUUGCGAUUCAGGUGAAUGUGACAGAAAGACAGGGAAUUGUGCAUCCGGGUCAUCUUGUUCGAAUAAUUACACAGGACCAGCGUGCCAAGAAUUACUGCCAGGCCUGUCCUGUCCAUCUGGUUUCUUUGGUGUGUUGUGUAACUAUCCAUGUCAUUGCAAAGACUCAGCUGAUUGUAAUCGUAAUGGAAGCUGUGACAAUGGAUGCCACGAAGCAUGGGCUGGAGGGGACUGCAGCAUAGCACUACCUUACAGCUCCAAACCACCAACACUAUUGAAUCAAACAGCAACCACCCUAAAGAUUGCCGCCUGCGGCUGGGAUCCAGUUCAAGACUUCGGAACAGGGAAUAUUACAGGAUGUAAGCUAUGGUAUAAAACAUCGCAGACAAGUACGUUCACUACAGUUAAUAAUAAUGAAAAUGGUGUAUAUAUCAUCGACAAUCUUAGGCCUACACUACACACGACUGUUAAAUUCUACACACAACACUCAAGAUUAGUUGGCGGCGUAGAAACCGAUGGACCACCUAGUGAACAUGGAUCAGCAGAGACUAUAUGCACUAAGCCUUUAAUUAAUCCAGAAAUAGUAUUGGAAACAGUUGAUGGUAAUGAUAUUAUCUUAACAUUGAAGCCUGUAUCAAAUGCUUCAGAGCUAAUCCAGUGCGAUGAUAUACUUCGAUAUCAAGUGCGAUACCAAAGCAAAGAUGGAAAUAAACAGGACAUCCUCAACACAACGGACGGUUUGCAAACAGAAGUCAAGAUAUCAGAAUUAUCACCAGGAUGUGUUUUUUAUCACGUCGACUCUAGAGUUGUUAAUAACGCAGAAAUUAGUGGAGAUUGGGGAACACCAAUAUCGGUACAAUCAGCACCCUCAGCGCCCUCAAUCACCAAAGAUUCAAAACUGGAAGGAACGUUUUUAUUAAUGAAAUGGAAUGCUGCUACCUGUAACAGCACCCAGAAUAAUUUGAGUUACCAUUAUCAACUAUCAGAAGGAAUCCACCAAGGAACUACAACAAAAACUGAAGUUCUUAUAGAUGACGGAAUUGUACCUUGUACUCAGUACACAUUUUCAGUUUCAGCAAUGCAUGUGAACGUUAGCAGCAUUACUGAUCAUAUGGAGUUCAUGUCUGGUGUUGACUAUCCUGGAAAACCAACCAUUAGUUCCUUAACAUCAACGUCUUCAUCAAUCACACUGGAAUUGACAUUAUCUGAUGAUAAUCCUUGCACAAUACUAGGAUACAAUGUGCUUGUAUAUAGUGAUUUACAGAAUUUAGAGUUCAAUAUGGAUAUAACAGCGACUUCACUGACAGUUAAUGGAAACAUAAUGCCAAAUACUAUCUACAAUGUCCAGGUAGCAGCCAAAACUCAAAAAGGCUUCGGUAAUUUCUCUGAUGUUCGUAAGGUGUCUACCGAUGCAGAGUCUGGCAUAGGUGGUAUAGUAGGUGGUGUUGUCGGAAGUUUGUCUGCGGCAACCAGUAUUGUUCUUGCCUUGAUUUUUGUUAAACGACGCCGUAAUUCAAACAACGAAGUUGUUAGACCAGCUGCUGUUCAAAAACAAGGCAUUUUCGACACAGAAAAUGGAAUGAUGCCUGCAGUUGAGGGUCAUGCUAAUAUAGUGGAUGUGAGAAGUCCGAAUGAUGAGGAUGAUGAUGCUCCUCCAAUUGCAAACGUGUAUGCGAACUCUGAACCUGUUUAUGGAAAUACAAACUUAGAAAAUCAGGAAUACAGACCGAUUGAGUUAGCAAGGCUGCAUAAUUACGUGAAGAAACAAAACAGCAGCCUAAAAAACGGAUUUGAAAAGGAAUUUGAGGACAUUGGCAACAAGCCCCUGUAUCCCUGGACCGCUGCAAAACACGCCAAGAAUAGAACUAAAAACAGAUAUGCAAAUGUUAUUCCAUAUGACAAUUCACGUGUAGUACUUGAUAUGUGGAAUAACAUUCCUGAGUCAGACUAUAUAAAUGCUUCGUAUAUAGAUGGAUAUACGACACGAUGUGAGUUCAUUGCAUGUCAAGGUCCAAAUGUUGCAUCAGUAAAUGAUAUGUGGAGAAUGAUCUGGCAGGAAAAGUCAACGGUUAUUGUGGUUGUUACUAACGUCGUUGAAGGAACCAAGCGAAAAUGCGAGCACUAUUGGCCAGAAGUAAAUGAUGCUAAAAUAUACGCAAACAUUAAUGUAGCGAAUGUAGGGGAGACCAAAUAUGGACAUUAUGUGGUUAGAAAUCUACAACUUCAGAAGGUUGGGAAGGAAGAGUUACAUAAUGUAUUUCAAUAUCAUUUCACUGAUUGGCCAGAUAAGAGUGUUCCCCGCACUGUUCCACAAUUGAUUGACUUCAUCUACGCCUUUAGGACAGCACAGCAGAAUUCUCCAAGCGACAGUGGACCAGUCAUAGUACACUGCAGUGCUGGAGCUGGUAGGACAGGUACAGUUAUUGUAAUCGCUUCAAUGCUGGACAUGGCAAAGCAAGAAGGGAAGGUAGACGUGUUUAAUUUUGUGCGAAGCAUGAGAGAGAAACGUAUCCAAAUGGUGCAAACCGAGGAGCAAUACAGAUUCAUCUAUGCAGUAUUACUUGAAGAAUUGUUCUGUGGACAGACACAAAUUCCAGUAACUGAUUUAUACCAAGUAAUCCAUGAACAACAACAAGUGCAUGGAACGCACUCAACUUUCGAAUACCAACUAAAGACUUUAAACAGUAUAUACCCGCGUCCUACUGAUGAUCGUACAUCACAUGCCAGGCUUCCCGACAACAUAUUGAAGAAUCGUUCCAAAGUUGUCUUACCACUAAAUAAAGCUCGUCCUUUCUUGAUGACUCCAUGCGCGAAUGGAAAUGAUUACAUCAAUGCAUCAUUCUGCGACGGCUACAACAAGCGUAACGCGUUUAUUGUUGCCCAGGCUCCAAUGUCUGAGCCUGCCGACACAACUGUUGAUUUUUGGCGUUUAGUGUUAGAUUACAAGACGGACAUAAUCGUACAACUGAAUAACAAAGACGAAACUUGCGCCGAAUACCUUCCUCAACGGAUGAAUGAAGAUCUGAAGAUUGAUAAAUUUAGCAUUAGAAUCAAAUCGUCUGAGCAGAACGAGUUAAUGAUCGAACGGAAAAUCAUGCUACAGAAGGACAAUGAUGUACAGGAGAUUCUGCACUUUGAGUUUCGGCAGUGGUCUAAGGCAGAACCUGUUCCAAAUGUUGAUUCAUUUGUCAGCUUUAUUGCAGCCGUUCAAUGCGGUCACAUUCCUCAAAGUAAUCGGCCAAUCAUCAUUCACUGCCUGGAUGGCGCGGUUCGAUCAGGCUUGUUCUGCUCUGUGUAUUCAAUAAUCGAUAAAAUCAAAGAAGAGAAAAUUGUGGAUGUAUUCCAAAUACUCAAAACCCUGCGAUCAGUUUGUCCUACAAUGGUGAACACUAAGGUGCAGUAUAGAUUUUGCUACGAUGCAGCACGGUGUUACCUUGACGGAUUCCAAGCUUAUGUCAACUUUUAGUUAUAUCAAAAUCCAUAUGUUACUCAGAAGACACCUUUGAUAUUCAUCAAUUUAUUUUUUGUUAAUUUAGUUGUUUAAUUGGAUAAGUAUUAUCAGUUAUUUAAAAAAUAUUACUCAUAAUAUCCUUAUUUUCAACAAUUUCAACAAUUAUUACAGAAUGCCAACAAAUGCAAUCUCUAUUGUCAUGGAAAAUGUCUCGUUUAACAUUUACAAAUGAACUUAUAAUAUUACACAAAUCUGUUCAAACAAUUCUGAAAAAUAAGUGACACACGCCAUCUAUUCAAGCAAUAACAAAUCAAAGUAAUGUAAGGUAUAGAAAGCUAUCAUGAUUUAGGGCUCGGUUGGCAACAUUUGACUUCUAAAGACCCAUUUUGACCUAGCUUCCUACGACCCAAGACUUCGAGUUAUCAUAUUAUUCAUUAUUAUCAUAUAUUUUUAUAUUUCUUAUGGUGUGACUUCAUAACGAGCUCUGUCCGAGGGGGUGGGGUUUAGCCUGUUCAGUGGGGGACUUAAGCCCCCAUCCCCCGCUAGCGCCUCCAUUGAUGUGAAUUGAACCGGGGACCUAGAGAUAUCCACUGUUAGCGCACACACAGUGGCUACUGCCAUCUAGCUGACUGAGCUAAGCUUUUCUCUUUGAUUAAACUCCCAUCAUGAAAUAAUAUUGGAAACAUAAUACAAGUUUUAAAUACAUGUUUUCAUGAGAAUAUACUGAUUUUAAAAAGUGUUUAUGAUGGUGAAAGACCUAAGUCUUUCUGUAUAGUUUUUUUGAGACCCAGAUGCAAUCUAAAACCCUCAAAAAUUCAAAACGUGGGUCGAAUGAUUGUCCUAUAGUAGUGGAGCAAGUUACCUCGGCUAAUAAAUAUAAGCCGUAGGCUACACGUACAAUAGGCUUGUUCAAUUUAUAGCUCCUGAAAUAUCUCUAAAGAAAGUCCAAUUUUAAAUACUAAUGUUUGAAUGUUACAAUAACAGUAAAAAUGUGAUGAAUUAUGAUGCUUAAUUACAACUCACCGAUUAGACCGAACUAUCAUUGUCACCAUAAGUUGUUGGCGAUAGAGUGUAGUGCCAUGAUUUUAUGGAAACUAUUGUAUAUUUUAUAUAUGGUUCAAUGUAUUGGACAAUUUUCAUUGACGUUUUUAAUUAUGACUAGAUAGACCUAAUCACAAAAUUACAAAAUAUUGUUCAAAUGAAAAAAAUGGAAUCUGCACAUGUUAAUAGUUUUAAUGUUGGGGUUUUGGAAUAUUAAAUAUUUAUUUAAUAUAUAAUUUUAAGUAUAAAUCGUUAAUUUAAGAAAGUCAUUAUAAUGUUGAUAACGCAAUACCUCGCCUGAUCUAAUGGAGAGUGUUUGGUCUGAUAGACGCAUGAUUUGGGUUUCGAAAUUUCUCCAUUAUGCUUAAUGUCUAGUUAUCUUAUAGAUUAUCUAGAUAGAUUAAUAUAUUAUUAACAAUGUGAAAAGAAAAUUCAUGACAAAAUACUAUCAAUAAUUCAAAAUGGGAAUCAUCCGAUUCAUUAUGAUUUUUAGUUUAUUACGAUCUAGUAGACGUCGUGGGUCUACACAAAACGUUAUUAUUUUCUAUAUUCUAUCACAUUUUUAAUUGAACUUUAGCAUCCCAGUUUUAUAUGUUUUAUAUUUUAUUGAAGUUCUUGCGUAAUAACUAACCUUUGAGCAAUUUUAUGUCAAAUAAGACAACAAAAAGGACAACAAAAAUAACUAUGAACUAUUUGCAGUGGACAUUUUAGCAGGUAGAACGCCUAUUUGUUAAAACACAGUUCUGGGAUAUUUAGUGCAGGCACACUUCAAGUACAACCUUAAGGAUGAACAAACUAUAGCUGUAAUUUAACUCAUUAUAAUUAAUACAUUUUGUAUUGUAUUAACAAUUUCGCUUUAUAUUCAUUAUCCUUGUAAUAAUUAUAGGAUUACUAAUCAAAUAGCUGUCGAGUUUCCAGGGUGAUUUACUUUCAUAAAUAUUUUGUAACCUAUAGGAGAGAGAACGUUUAUUGAUGUUGAUGAUAAAUAUUUUCAAUUAAAUUGUAUACAUUGAAA